AUGCUUAAGCUUCUUCUUUCCUGCCUGCUGCUGAUACACUUGACUCACAUUCCCCUGACAUCAAUCCUUUGUUUUCCUUUUUUCCUCGUUACCUCUUUUUUCCUCGUUACCUCUUUUUUCCUCGUUACCUCUUUUUUUUACCCUUUUUUUCCUUUUACCUUUUUUUCCUCUUUACCUUGCUGUGCCUCUUUACUUCUUUUUUCCUCUUUACCUUGCUGUGCAUCUUCUUUUCACUUUGCCUAUUUUUUAUUUAUCUCUUUACUGCUUUUUCUUUUUUUCUUACCUCUUUCUUUUUUGCUUUACUGCUUUCUUUUUUCCUCUUUAUCUCUUUCACUACUCUUUCUUUUUUCUCUUUACCUCUUUUUUUUCUCUUUACCUCUUUUUUCUCUUUACCUCUCUCACCUUUUUUCCUCUCUAUGUGGCCACUUCAUAUUUGGGGUGAGGUCAUACAUUGGCCAUAGCACAAAUUCUUUCUUUUAUUUGUCUCUCUCUUCUCUUUGCUUCUUUCCUCUUUUCUCCCCUUUUGCUUCUCGUUUCUUCUCCCCUUUUGCUUCUCGUUUCUUCUCCCCUUUUGCUUCUCGUUUCUUCUCCCCUUUUGCUUCUCGUUUCUUCUCCCCUUUUGCUUCUCGUUUCUUCUCCCCUUUUGCUUCUCGUUUCUUCUCCCCUUUUGCUUCUAAUUUUCUUCUCCUUUUGCUUUCGUUUCUUCUAAUUUUUGCUUUCGUUUCUUCUCCCCUUAACUUCUCGUUUCUUCUCCUUUUUCGUUUCUUCUCCCCUUUUGCUUCUCGUUCUUCUCCCCUUUGCUUUGUUUCUUCUCCCCUUUUGCUUCUCGUUUCUUCUCCUUUUGCUUCUCGUUUCUUCUCCCCUUUUGCUUCGUUUCUUCUCCCUUUAAAUUCUCGCUUUUCUCCCUUUUGUAAGUUUCUUCUUUUCUCCUCCCUUAAAUUCCUGGUAAGUGAAGAAAAAGAUUCAAGUGUUACUUUUGAGCAAAUUUUAAAAAAAUUGUCACUCAACCACUUCCUUGUAAAAAGCUUACUAGUACUAUAG